AUGUCCGCUAGUCCUGAAGUCAAGCCCGGGUCUCCGAAUGCUGCCCCUAGUCCCGGGCCCGAAGAUGAUCUAUCUGAACCAGUCGCCAAGGCCCCGACACCUCUGGCUGGCGAUGACGACGACGAGGAGGAGGAGCCAUCGGCUGCACCCGCAGAGACCGCGUCCCCGGAUGCAGACGAUCUUGCGAAUGACAAGAGUGACGAUGCCCAUUAUGCAGAAGAAGAAGAGAAGGCGGAUGUGGAUGGAGGAUCAGACGAUGAGUCGAUUCUCUCCGAAGUCGAUGAGGCACAGUUUGAAGACUUCGACCCGGAAAACGUCCAUAUUGAAGACCGUCCCCAGCUGGCGAUUGACGAAGAUAACUUGAAGCUUAUCGGACGGCACAAGCGGAAGCGUGAUGUAGAGGGUGAUGGCGAGAGGUCUCGACGGAAGAGGGAAGGGCGCAGAGAGAAGAAGAGUCGGCGCAUGAGGGAGCUCGAGGAAGGCAGUGAUGGCGAGGGAGCUUCUCGGAGGAGGGAUCGGAAGAAGAAAGAGGCGAUUGUUGAGGAUGAGGAACAUUUGGACCCUGCAACCCGUCGCCGACGAGCUCUUGAUCGUGCUAUGGACGAGGCCCUGAAGAAGCCAACAAAGCGACGAUUUCGGAAGGCGGAUGGGAUUGAUUUGGAGCAGAUGGCCGACGCAGAGAUCGAAGACAUGCGCAGGCGGAUGACCCAUGCUGCUCAGAUGGAUGCGGCUAGCCGACGCGAAGGAAAUCCAGCCAUGCACAAGCUGAAGAUGCUUCCUGAGGUGGUAUCGCUUCUCGGCCGCAACCAAUAUGUCAACAGUCUAGUCGAUCCGGAAAUCAACUUGCUCGAGGCCGUCAAGUUCUUCCUGGAACCUCUGGACGAUGGCUCUCUACCAGCCUACAACAUUCAGCGAGAUUUAAUGAAUUCCCUCACCAAACUACCUAUCAACAAGGAAGCUCUGAUUGCCAGUGGCAUUGGAAAGGUGAUUGUGUUCUAUACCAAGAGCAAACGUGCGGAGCCUGGUAUCAAGCGUAUGGCCGAGAAAUUGCUUGCGGAAUGGACGCGUCCGAUCCUUCAGCGCAGCGAUGACUACUCCAAGCGAGUGUACCAGGAAGCCGCGUUCGACCCUAGAAAACUUACUACCCGGACCCCAUCUGCGCAUGCCACCGCCGCAGAAGCACGAGCACGAGAACUGCUUCCGCCUCGUCUGGCGAACCGUGCCCGAGCCGACAUGACCCAUACCAGUUAUACCGUGGUUCCUCGUCCCACUGUGGUCCAAGAGAGCAAGUUUGCACGUCCUCUGGGAGCCAGCGGAGAGGAUCGAUUCCGGAAGAUGCGGGCACGCCAGAUCGCAGCAGCGAAGGGAACGCGGAGGUAA